CAGGAACUUCCAUAUGCUGCAGGUGCAGCUGUAAAAAGGAAACAAACAAACAAAAAAACACCUCUUCCUCAGGUGGAUGGAUGGCAUAUAUCUUAGCAUGUGAAACUGGGGCUGGAGUCCAAGAGUUCAAUGCUUACCCACCUCCUCUGCCAGGCACUAUUAUGUGGCCAACAAACUGCACAAGUGUACAGCGUCUGGGCAGAAAGGGUAUGAGAGCCUUCCAAUGAUGGCAGAAGACAUUAAGAAACAUGAGGGCAACUUUAAUAAGGAGAAUAAUGGGAAACAGGGAGUAAUGGGUAGUUUUGUCUUAUGACUUUCUAAAUAAAAGAAGCCUUCUGAAUCAAGUCAAAAUCACUUACCACUCUGUGGUGACUUCUUUUCCCUCUCAGGGGAUCACUUCUAAAAGCUGAGACAAGGAGCAGUUUUUACAUUUACACGGAGAUGUAUGUACUAUAUCACUAUUCCUGAGGUGGUCUGCACUUAAAUAGAGGCAAGAAAAUUAAACAUUAAGUAAUCAGUUUUGUCUGAUCACUGCUCUAUCCCCAACACCUAGAACAAUGCCUGACAUACAUUAAAUGAAACUCUAAUCCUAGACUGUCAGUCAUUGAGCAUCUGGAAAUACACCAAGAUGUUCUCUUGCUUUCAAGAUUCCAUAGAUCAAAUUAGUCAUCAAAAACUACUUUUCUUUUAAGCACUUCAUAGGCAAUAGGUCUCAGCUUUCUUACAAAAUACCAUCACUAUAAAUACUACUCAAAUACCAAUUAUUUAAAACUUCCAUUGCACAUCAUGAGCUAUUUGUCAACUGGCAAUAAAACGCCUCUAAGCCAAAUGUUUUUAUGUAAGGAUGCAGCUUUCCAAACUGUACUUGAUACAGUACUUGAUAGACAAACAAAAAAAAAAUUGUGGCAUAGUUGUAUUUAAACAUUAUUUUAUGCUUUUUAAAUUUUAUACAUGGGUUGUCAUAACAGUGUAUUAUUUAUAAUAUUUGAAUGUAUCAUCUUCCUCCAAAGAUCUCAGAACACCUUUGGUGAGUAAGGAAUAGUCCUCCACACCUCUGGUGAAGUAGGUAUGCUGUAACAUAUUUCCAUUAUAGCUGGAUCACAUGUGAGUCAGUGGCAGGGCUGCAUUAUUUACUCAUGAAAAUUUCCUUCCCAGCUCUAACCAUUAGAGUAUUGCCUACACAUUCAUUCAUUCACUCACUCAUUCCUUCCUUCAUUCAAAAAUUCAUUUGAUGCAGUUUGCUAGCCACUUAGGCUCAAGUCCCUAUUUCCUUACUGCAUCAUAUGAAUAUUACAAUCUGUUAAAAAUUCUCAUAAUAUUUAAAAUUUAGAGCAGAGAUUUUUCUGCACAUGGUAAUUAAUCCUGUUUCAUAGUGGCAUACCUACUAGUGUGUCACAUGCAUACUAAGGAAAUGACUGAAAUACAAAAAAAUUUAAAGAUAUACUUCUCAUUCUUAAGUUAUGGAUGUUAAUCACAUGUCUCUAAGGCCUUUUUUUUUUUUAAUAUUUGCCUGGUGCGGCUAAAUAGCUGUGUUUUCUGUGUCUAAUUAGAAGUUUCCGCUGUGUAUUACAGCUGAGUUGGUACAAGAUGUUCAAGACCAUGAAAAGAUGAAUGUAAUAGCUUCCUUGUGUCAUGGUCUGAAUUUUUUUUCCCUCAGUUCAUUUGUCCUUUUAAGUAAUCAUACUCUUUGUACCGGCUCUCAUCUGUAUUCACAGUGAUUGUUCUUGCCAAACCAUGCCUCCAGACUUGACUGUAUAAAUUAAAUUUCAUGCACGCAUAUGCAAGCCCUGUGCACUGCCUGUUAAACGAAGUAAUAUAAACAAAUUAAGGGCACAUUUUAACGAUCUUUGAGUUCCAUGUAACAGUGGUUUUUAGACAGUUUCCUACUGGGCACAGAAUUAGACACUGAUCCACAGAGGUCAUUUUCAGUGCGCGCCUCGCAAACCGGUCUGCUCAUUGAAUCCAGCCCCCUAACUGUGCAAGCUGCACUUUCUAUGAUUUUCUCCUUUGGCUCCCCGCCCCCUUGAAAGGGGCUGAUUCACCCCCAGCCCCCUCUGCUGGAGCUGGCGCGACCAAGCCGGCUGCGUGACAGGCUACACUUCCCAGCCCCGCCUCUGUGGUAACUGACUGAUCUCAUCGCCGCUCGUCACGACACGCGCUGCCUCGGCUGCACGCGGCGUAGCGUGAGAGGCGCCGGGGCAGCCGGCGCGCCCACCCCGAAGCCUUCGUGCGGACGCGCGCGGCCGCCCCUCUGAGGCCAGCGGUGCAGAAAGCUCAGCUGCUUGUCACCACCCCGCCGUCUUCAGGCUGCGAGAAACCGGCCUCCGGACGUCAGCUAAUAACCUGACCUCCCAAGCGGUGGCCUUCGUCCCUUCCGGCCUCGGCAUGCUCUGCCCCUCAUCGCCCCCUGACGCACAGCUGCCACCACCCCCAGCCCUCCUCCAGAGUCGGGAGGACGCAGGGUCGCUGGGGUCAGUCGCCCAGCAACGCCGCUCGCCUCCUUGCGCCCGCGCGCGCCGGAUUCCCGGCAGGCGGGACAUCCCCCCCUGCGCGCGCCCCUUCCCCGCGCCUCCCUCCGCGUAACACCGCAGUGGCUUCCGACCGAACGCCCGAGCAGAGCAGGCUGCGGUCAAGCGCCGGGACCGCGCGAGAAGCCGAGAAUGGUCCGCGAGGCAAGACCGAUUCUUUGCCCCGCCGCCCGAGCUCUUUGCUGUUACAGCAGGGGAGCUGGGCACUUUUCGGCGUUAAAAUGAGGGCGUCAGCCUUUGAGGCUCAACUCGGCGGCUGGGGCUGGGCGGAAUCAAGGAUUCCUCUCGGGAUUAAGCAGCCGGGUCGGCACGCGAGGCGGAAGCCCGGAACAGUCCAUUGGGACAUUCAUCACUGAAGAACUACAUCAUCAUUUUUAACAGCUGCACAGUCCUCUUGUUUGAUAAGUCAAUUUAUUUCAUUUUGGUAUUUCCAAUUUUUAAACAUUAUAAACAAGACUGUGAUGAACACUAAGUAUAUGUGCUAAUAAGAAAGAACUUUCCCAGAAGCUUCUGGCAGCCUUCUCUUGGAGUAUGUUUGGUCAAAAUUGGGUCAUAGGCUCAUUCCUGAUUUAAAUCACUGGAAAGGGAAAGUGGUCAAGAGAAUUGACCUAAUCUGAGCUCAUCCCUGGAGUUGGAAUGAUUCACGUGUGCUUAGGGGUGGAAGGAGGGGAGAGAAGGGUGGUAAGGUCUGGAUUCCUGAAAAAAAAGGAAAAAGGGGGAUCAGGUGUCCACCACUAGUAGUUUUGAACCUUUCAAGGUAUUUAAAACAUGAUGAAUGUAUUAAUUUUUUCACCCUAAAAGCAGUGUUUAAGAGUGCUAGUUGUGAAGCAGGGCUACUAUAAUUUUUUUUUCAUCUGUUUGAUAGAUCUGAUAAUAAUGUUUGAUUUUUUUUUAUCAGUAGUUCAUAAGAAACUAUCUUUAGGAUGAUUCACAACUCUUUAAUAACACUAAAAUAUUCUAUUAAUAGAGAUAUAACAAAAUGACAGGAAAAUUGCUCUAAUUUGAUUCAUAUAAAUUCCAUAGCCACCUAAAAUUAUAGGUUCAUCUCUAUAAAUGCAGAACAAAAUCACUCCUGCCAAUCACUUAUCAAGACAAAUGUUAGACUCUUAGAUGCUUCAUUAGAAUCAUGGAAAUCUCAGAAAUAAGCAGUAAUUUCAUUAAACAAGUUCUUUAAAAAGUUGUUUUUUUAAAUACAUAAGGCAGUUACCAAUUUUCAGUCUUUGAAUUCAUUAAUAAUUGUUAUAGGAUAGAUAUUGGAUGUUAAGAGGGUUUUUUUUUUGUUGUUGUUUUUGUUUGUUUUUCUGGCAGCACCCUUGGCAUGUGGAGAUUCCUGGAUCAGGGAUCAAACUCAUGUCAUAGCAGUGACAACGCCAGAUCCUUAACCUGCUGCACCACAAGUGAACUCCUUGAUGCUAAGUUUUAAAGAUCAAUCAGUGCCAUAUUUUUGGGUAUCAAAUUCAUUACGAGUUUUAAGUCAGUGCCACGAGAGCUUUAUUCUUCUUGUGUUUUUAAAUAUAUUUAUGAGAAUAAAUAAGUUCAGGGAUGUAAUGUACAGCAUGGUGACUAUAGUAAUAAUAGUAUACUGCAUGUUUGAAAGAUGCCAAGAGAAUAGAUCUUAAAAGCUCUCAUCACAAGAAAAAAAUUUGGUAUUUACAUGUGAUGAUGGAUGUCAAUUAGACUUGUGGUUAUUAUUUUACAAUAUAAAAAAAUACUGAAUCAUUCUGAUACCUGGAACUAAUGUUUUAUGUCAGUUAUAUCUCAAUUAAAAAUAAACAGAUUCAUACGACAAAUAUUUGGCACAUAGUACAUUUUUGGGUAAAGCUCUUAUGAGUAGUGAACAGGCCACAAGAGAAUGCAUUUACAAUCAUCAAAGGUUUCAUUAUAGUGCUUGACUUUUAGUAUUUAAGAGUAGGUAUUUAUUGCUUUAAGACCUAACUUGUCUUAUUGGAAAUUUUGUUCAAUAAUCAUAUUCUUAGGGCUAAAAAGAGUUCAGUACACAGAGUUCCCUGGUGGCUCAGUGGGUUAAGGAUCUGGCAUUAUCACUGCUGUAGAUCAGGUCACUGCUGUGACGUGGGUUCCAUCCUUGGCCCAGGAACUUCUGCAUGCCAUGGGGUGCAGCCAAGAAAAAAAAAAAAGAGUUCAGUACACAAUAUGUUCUUGCACACAUUUCAGAACAUUUGAAUUCCUAAAGAGAAAUGCUAUUUAUUGUAACCUUCAUUUUAUUAGGUAAUCAGGUUUACACUGCACAUGUGAUGGAUUCAAAAAUAUACAGAGUAUAAGUCUACAAGUAAUAUUUUGUGCUCAAGUCACCUCUAGCCCAGAGUUAUCUGGGGUUCAAAAUAGACAAAGUAGCUUUACAAAGAAGUCUAACAAUUGAUUAGCUGUAAAAAACAAACAAAACAGUAUUCAGAAAGAAAAUCCUACCCACAUCUUGGUGGGAAUAACAGGUAUUGUGGUAAGUACAAAAAGCAAGUGGGUGAGUUCCCAUUGUGGCUCAGCAGGUUAAGAACCUGACUAGAAUCCAUGAGGAUGCAGGUUCGAUCCCUAGCCUUGGAUCAGUGGGUCAAGGAUCUGGGGUUGCUGCAAGCUGCAGCAUAGGUUCAAAUGUUGCUUGGAUUUGGCAUUGUUGUGGCUGUGGCUGGAGCUGUAGUUCAACCCCUAGCCUGGGAACUUCCAUAAGCCAUGGGUGCAGUUCUAAGAAAGAAAAAAGAAAGGAAGAAAAAAAGAAAUUGGUCAUUUGUAGCUGAGCUUUUUUUGUUUUGUUUUAAACAAAGCUAUGUGGGAAAGCUAUGAAAAAAGUAAGUGUAAGACAAAGUUUCAUUUCCAGAAUUUUGGGUCUUCACAUGUUACUAAUCCAUAGCAGGCAGAUGCCCCAUAGGUUCUGUCUGGCAGAUUCAAAUAACACAAUCCAAGAGGCCCAAGUGCUUCUGCCUCCACUCACAUUCAGUCCAAAGAUGCCUCAGUGCUCAUGUGUCCCAACAAGGUUCAUGCCCUCGGCCACUUCCAUUAUUUGGGUGAGAGUAAACAAUAACCAGGAUCUGAUUGAGUUAUGUUUGGAAGGGUUUUCAAUACAUGAGACGUGUGUGAAAUGCCUGGCAAAGAGAAAGAGCCCAAUAAAUGUUAGUUUUUAAAAAUUCUGCAUUUGCAUUGGAUGGUACCCAGAAAUAGCAGUGAAAACCAUUUUGUUGCUUCCAAUUUGGGAGGCCCGGCUGCCACCAUUUUAUUCAAACUUUUAAGGAGAUAGUGUUGUACUGUGUUCUGAUUCACAAGAUAAAAAUAAAGUUGGGCUAACUAUAAUGUUGCCAUGCUCCCUUUGUACAGUUUUUGACCUCACUUUGAGCAAUCUUGGGUAGCCUUUCUGAUAGUUAUAUCAGACUUGCAAAGUACCUAUUCUCCAACAUUUCAUGUGGGGACCAGGAAAGGAGAGGGGCUGGCAUACUGCUACUUACCAGAAUGAAGAAGAUGAAUGACAAUGCCUUGCUGGAUAAAUACGUUAGGUAAAUUCAAAUCCAUAACAGAAAUAGAAGCACAGACAUCGUGCUCUCAUAAAUGUCAACAGUACAACACAAAGAUCUGGAAAGCCUGAAUUUAGUCACUUUACAAAGACUCUGCUCCCCAAACUAAGGAAUAUAUAUAUUUUUUUUCUUUCAGGGGUCCCUGACUCAAAGGAGAAAAAGAAUAAUAAAGGGCCAGAAGGAGAGGUUAAAAUGAACUUAAUUUGGUUACCAUUGAUUAUUUUAAAAAGUCACAUUAAAGUGAAACGUGGCUAAUUUAAAAUUUAAGAGAAUAAAGGCAAAGCUUUAUUCAGUAUGUCCAAUAAUGGGAACGUUUUAAAUUCUACUUCAGUUCCUGUAUGGGUAAUAAUGGGAUAGGGAAAAAGGACUAGAAAAAAAAAGUAUUAGAAAAGAAAUCUGGACAGAGAGUGAGGGAAACAGACCAACUGAGAGCCAAGAAAAAAAAAAACACACAUCGACAAUGGGAUGAAAUAUAUUAGAUUUAACUCUUAAAAAAGACCUGUGUUAUAAUGCCCUAUUCACAACUAUUCAUCUGUGCUGUGGUCUUCAGGAAUAAAACUUUCACUGCUAAUCCUUUUUUUUCUUUCUUUCUUUUUUUUUUUUUUAAUAUUUUGCCAUGCCUGUGGAAGUUCCCAGGCUAGGGAUUGAACCUGUGCCACUGAGCCACAGCAGUAACAAUGCCACAUUCUUAACCUACUGCACCUUAAGGGAACUUCUCACUGCUAGUCUUUAACAAGGGAUAUUAUUCACAAUUUAUCAAUUCUCUUUAUCCUUCAAAUUCUUACUAGGCUCACCACUGCUCAAUAGAACGUUCUUUGAUGCUGAGAACGUUCUAUGUAUGUACUGUGUUACGUGGCACCAACAUAUGACUACUGAGCACUUGAAAUGUGGCUAGUACAAUAAAGGAAUGGAAUUUGAAAUUUUAAUUAAUUUUAGCCAAAUUAAAUAGUCACAUGUGGCUAUCUUAUUAGUGUAAAGGUCUAAGGGACAUUUACAAUGGAAGGAAAACUGGUCUCAAGACCAAUAUGGAGAUGAAUAAACACAGGUGAAAUGAGAUCAUACAAUAAUGAAUUACAGCCUUGCAGCUGGAUCUUCUCUCAUCCUUAAAAUGUUUUCUUAUAUACACAAAGAACUCAAUAAACAUUAUUAAUACUAAUAAACAUACUAUAGCCAGACUAGCUUCAGAAGAGUGAUGGUACUUUAGGUGUGUAAUUCCUAGUCCAGAUAAAGCACACAAUGGAUCUGGAUGAACUGUUUUUUGUAUGUGUGUGCUCUAUAUCUAAACCCCCAUUGUUACAAAAUGAGAACAAUCCUACCUUCAUUGUCCCUCAAAGAAACAUACUAAGGAUGAACAGCUCCGAAAGUUCUUUGCCUUUCUCAUAAACUUGCUGUUCUUCACCACUUCAUUGGCUGUCUCUCUCCAAGACUUUUAGUACUUGGAUGAACAAGCUUUAUUAUUUUAUUUUACUUUAAUUUUAUUAUUUUUUCUUUUUACAGCCACACCUGUAGCAUAUGGAAGUUAGGGGUUGAAUCGGAGCUGUAGCUGCCAGCCUACAGCACAGCCAUAGCAAUGCAGGAUCUGAGCUGCAUCUGUCCUAUGGUGGAACUGUCUGCCAUUUACACCACCACUUAUGGCAAUGCCGGAUCCUUAACCUACUGAUCAAGGCCAGGGAUCAAACCACAUCCUCACGGACAGUAUAUCGGGUUCUCAACCUCCUGAGCCACAACGGGAACUCUGGAAGAAGGCUUUUAGAAGUGUUCAGUACUCCGUGCUGUCAUUUUCAUUAAUAGCUAUCAAUGAGCAGUUUGACUACUGUUCCAGCACUGCUCUGCAUCAUUUGAUCACUUUUCUACAUCACAGGUUUAACUUUCUUUGUAUUUAUUCAGCCUUACUUCAUUCAAUAGUAGUGAGUUUCUUUCCCUGCUAGCGAACUGUAAAUGUUUUAUUUCUUGAGUUAGACUUAGUGAAAUCCUCAAAAAGGAGAGAUCCUGGCCAUUAAUGAAUUGCCUGCAAAUCAUAACAGUGGCUACCCCUGCCUGAGUUAGUCACUGAGCAUCACCACAGCCUGGUAGGCAGUGCUUGUUGCCUAGUAAGCCAUCAAUAAACACUUUCUUUUGAAUGAAGGAAGGAGAGUAAGUCACGUUUAAGGAUGGGCAGCCUUUUAUAAGUAAACGAAUUGUGGACUAGGGGUCUCAAGAUAUCUUUUGAACUAAGCUUUUCAUCUUGACUACUCUUGAACAAGGAAGACAAUUUUACUUAUACUUUCCCAAUCAACUAGCCCUUCCUGUAACGACUAAGACCAGAGCUUCCCUUUACACCUGUGACUUAUACAGGCAUCUCCACCCCCUCAGCUCAGGAACAAUUGCUCCCUGCUGUGUCCACCAAAAGGGCCCUAGAGCCAGGGGUGAGACCUAUUUCGGCCUUCACCGUAGCCAGCGUUUCUCCGACCCGCCGCAGGGCUGGGGACAUCUCUUUACAUCUACGACUCCAGCACACCCUCCCCCGCUUAGCCUUUCGCACGCCUUGCCUCUCUCUUACAACAGCCAGCGUAAUACCAGCCCUUCCUCAGACCCCCGCCAGAAGAAUUCCCGCUUCCGCCAGGGGCGUCGGUCCCGCGCGGGCGCUGGGGAACCGGGCUUCCGCGUUGGCGAGGGACGUAGGCUGUGACGUCAUCGCGCCCUGACGUCAGGCUGAUGCACAGCCGUCUCCAGGGAGACCGGGAAAGCUGUUUCGUACCCCGCGGAAUCGAAGUCUAGAUUAUUUUACUUCAGCACUCCCUCAGUGUAUUUUGGGAAAUUAUGGAUCGUCACGUGCCCAUGCAUGCAUUACCUGAAGAAAUACAAAAGAUGUCCCCUGAAGAAAAGGUUUGUAAGUACUGUGGAGUCAGCUAUCUAAUUCUUCAUGAGUUUAAGGCUAUGGAAGAAAAAGUGAAAGUGAUGGAAAAAGAGAUGAAAUUUUAUCAAGGAAGUGUAGAACGUGAAAAGAGACUUGAAGAAAAGCUACAGUCUCUUAGCCAAGAUUUCGAACAGUACAAAACUGACAAUGAAUCCCAAACAGAAAGAAUUCGAGAUGCAAGCAUGCAGUUAAAAAGUCAACAAAAUGAAUUUCAGAGAGUGCAGAAAGAAUUAAGUCAUUUGCAACAGGAGUUAAAAAUUAAACAGAGACAAUCACAAAUCUUCAGUCAGAGACUGACAGAGUACAAAUAUUUCUGGAAUAAGACUCUUUCAUUACUUACUUUUACUAAAAGGGAGCUAAACAGAAUUAAAAAUGAAGUGUAUGAUAAUUUUCAAAACUGGACUUCACUGAAAGGAGAAGUUUUUCUACAAAUUAAAUCCAUAACUGAAACAGCCUUGACAGAAAUAAAGAUACUAAAUAAAAGUUUGACAGUAUCCCAGAGAAAUAAUGUAUGCCUUGAAGAGGAAAUGAAAAAUCUGAAAUUGUUGUCAGAUGCAGCCAUACUGAGGUCUCAGCAAAUUCAGAUAUCCAAACAGCAGGAAGUAAACUUGCAAACCAGAUGCCAUGACUUGCAAGAAGAAGUACUAGAUUUACAGUGUCAAGUAGAAGCACUUGGACUAAAACUUCAGAAGGCAGUGACUGAGAUGGACAGCUAUAAAGAAAAGUUCACGAGUAAAUCUCUUGAAGCCGAUGAGUGUCAAAGAGAACUUAAAAAACUGAAGUUUGAAUCCAUUAUUUCUGAUUCACGGCACACCAGAUUGCUUAAAGAAAAAGAAGAAUCUUUAAUGACUUGUCAACAAAUAUAUAAAACUUUACAGGAAGAACUGACUGCAAAAGAAAGACAAGAAGAAGACUUUAAAAGAAGAAUUAAUCUUGCAGAUAAUGAACUAGGGAUAACCAAAACUCUUCUGAAUCAGACAAGGGAAGAGGUUGCAACACUGAAAAAUGAAAGGGCAUCAAUGCUGAUUUCACAUCAGAAAAGCAUCGAGCAGCUGCAGGAAACCCUGAGACAGAAGCUGCUGAGUUAUGAUAACUGGAGGGAGAAGAUUGAAGCUGAAUUUGCCAAGGAAAGAGCCCAACAUUUAGCUGAAUUUCAGGAGCAAGCUCUUCUCUUUAAGGAAGAAGCUAAACUGGAGCUUAAUACUGAAAAGGAAAAACACCAAGAAAUAAUCCAAAAAUAUAAGAAAGAACAAGAGGAAUUACAAAUGAAGAUAUCUGACUUAAUCGAAGGCGCUACUAGAGAGUUAAGGCUGAAAGUAGCCGCUCUUGAAGAAAAACUCCAUGAAUCCCAUGUUAAGUAUAGCAAAGAAUCUGAGUCAAAGGAGAAAGAAAUUGAAAACCUUAAAAAUUUGGUUGCAGAAUUUGAAUCACGCUUGAAGAAGGAAAUUGACAGUAAUGAUUCUGUUUCAGAGGACUUGAGGAAGGAAAUGAAACAGAAGUCAGAUGUACUGGAAAGAGUAAUGCUGGCACAAACACAACUGAUACAGCAAUUCAACCAGUCCCAGGAAGAGAACACUUUUCUUCAGGAAACAGUGCGUAGAGAGUGUGAAGAACGCUUUGAACUGACGGAAGCUUUGAGUCAAGCCAGAGAACAGCUCCUGGAGCUCAAGAAGCUGGGCUCACGUUUACCGCUGUCAACAUGCUCCCUCAGCCAGGGCAGCCUAACCUCCUCUGCUGCGGCCAGCAGCAGUCAGGGAGAGAGAAGGCCUGCAAGACUGAACUCAGAAAAGGGAAUCAAAAUCCCCAGCCUGCACGCAGUGUCAAAACCCACCACUUCCCCAGCCUCAGCUCAGCCCAUCAGGGUCAGCAGCUCAGGUCUACCCACACUCCCCCAGCCACACCCUCCCCGGGGUGGACCAUCUUCAGUUAGCGAGACCAGGCAGAGACUGGCUGCCAUCCUGCAGAGGAGACUGAGUCAGCAGUGACAGAUCCAAAGUGAGGAGCAGGCUGCCUGUCUUUCCCAGAGUGCCAGAGACACACUGUAACUAAGGAUGCCAGAAAUCAAAUUAUUAUCCAGAUUAAGGAUGCAUAUUUACAAAUAUUUUUAACAAAACAAUUGGAAAAGCUAGAAAAUUGUGAAGCAACAUUUUCCAAGAGGGCUGUGAAACUGCAACACAUGAUGAAGCUGUUGGUAUUCCAGAGGGCCCAUUUCUAUAUUUAUGGAUUGUGUGUUUAGGUGUACUCUAUGAAUAUGCCCUUUUAGAGAUGAUAGGGAAAGAAAUUUCACCCAUAGCAUCUUUUUUUAUUUUUUGCACCAUUACAAGCACAUAUAUUUACAACAACAACAACAACCAAAAAUAGACCAUAUUGGUUUUGUUGAUGUUUGUUCAUUUGUUUGUUGAGCUGAAUAGGUUAAAUAGAUGUAAUUAGUAUUCCAAAUAGAAAACGAAAGUAUUUUAGUCCCUAAUUUGGUAAUUUUCAGAAUGCUUAUUAGUUCAAAUAUUCACAGAGUUCAUCAUUAUCAUCAAAAGUUUAUCUUUUCACCUCACAAUCUAAUUGGUUAAUCUAAUUUCUUUUUAAGCUAGGUCAGAAGUAAUGAUAGGUUACCUUCAGAAAGACAGUCCGGGGACCCUCUAGAAAAAGGGACAGCAACUCCAAUUCAAGGUAAAGGUGAUUUAUUCCUCAAACUAUAGAGACUAUUUUAGAAAACAAAGAGCUUAGCCAUGAAAAUAUUACUUGGUAGAGAUUUUUUUGAAUGCUUUUUGAUACUCCAGGUCAGGUUUUGGUUUGAACUGGUAUUCUGGAGCCAUUUUGUAGAGGACUAAUUCAGACAGUUUAGUAGAGGCACAUAGUGCUAAUUUGGUAUUCAAAUUUUAUUACCUCUGAAAAUGCACAUCUGGUUAACAUAUUUUCUAUUUUCAGAGUGAAAAAUUAAAACCAGAAACCAGGCCAGCUCUUUUAUUUAAAGCUUUGGGCUCUUCCUGUUUCUUAAAACACCACUCUUUACCUUACGCUAGUGAUUGUCUAUCCUUUUCUCCAUCUAAUAGAAGUGUUAUUUUUCUUCCAUGACUGACUUUAUUCAAAUCCUUCACUGGCUGCAUCAUGGACAUCCAGGCUUCUUACUCCAGAUUAGAAUAAUACUAACACAUGUGAAAUACGGCACAUAAAAUUCUCUGCUAUUUGGCUGCCAUUUUGAUGAGAAAAUCUAAAGGUACUUGGAAUCCCUCCCAUGUGCAAAAGAAGUAAAGUUACUAAACAAAAUCAAGUUUAUCUCCAAUCUUUCAAAGGACUGAUCUAAUCUACCAACAGGGUGGUUUUAACCCCCCAAAAUUCAGCUAAUUUCCCUAACCAGUUUAAGUGUGCAUAUCUUGUGGAAAGGCUUAGAAUGCUUACUUUUGUUUUACAGAGAUUGGCGGAUCUUAUAAUGGCAUUUGACAAGAGAACAUAAAGUCAUAUAAUGGUGGUGCUAGAAUGGACUUUAGAGGUACCCCAACAAUCUAUUUCUUUUUUUUUCUUUUUUUUUUUUUUUUUUUUUUUUUUUGCCAUUUUAUUUGUGUCUUAUUGACGCCUGGAUGCCCAGGACCUGAGCACACGCUCCCACAGCGUACAGUCACUCCUUCCACAACUGCUGAUUGGCUUUCAGGUUCCCUUCCUACUUGUUGAACUGUCCGUGCAAGGCCUAUGUUUUCUUGGACCACAGCCCCAGGGGCUUGUACUUCUUGCUGUUGUAGGAUGUCCUGAGGUUCUUUCUGAGUCAGGUUAAUGACGGUGAGAAUGUGGGUGAUGGAUUUGCUAACCACUCUGACCCUGGAGAGUUUGGAAGCUGACCUGCCUGUCACUUUAGCACAUGCAGCUGAGACAGCGCCACCUUCAGGUCCUCCCAUUGUUUCAGCAGCUCGUCCUUCUUGCUGCCAAGAUCUCCACCUCCGUUCUUAGCCAUGGCUGUACAAGCUGCGGCCUCCUCCUCCUUGGAGGGAAAGUGCAACAGUCUUUUUACAAAUAAGGAAUAGAUGACCAAAGAAGUCUGACUUUGCUAAGGUGGUACACCUAGUAGUGACCAAGCUAGGACAAGAACCACUGUUACCUGACCACUGUUACUCUUUCCAUCUCACUUUUGCACUCACCAGAUCCCCAAACCUCCAUCAUGACUUUGUCAGAAGCACCUACAGUAAUAUUUUCUCUAAAAAAUGGGCUCAAUUUUUAAACUUUAUAUAAAAAGGAGAUUUGACCUAAGGAAGUAUAGUUAUAAAGUGAUGGGUUUAAUAUUCUGUUUUCAUAUAUCUAUUAAAAUACAAAAUACUGUUGGUAUAGCCCCUAAAAUCAUCUUGUAUAAUGCCAACAGUACUCAUGACACUCUGGAGACCCCGUCACUAGACCUCGAUGUUUUUCGAUCCAGUGUUUGCAUGUUCAGAUGACAAAUGCACGUGACAUAAGAUGGAUAGCAAAAGCUUUAGUAAAAGCCUAAGAGAAUGUUGGGGCAGCAGAUGCUACAACAUUUUAUACAUGCCUUAACAUAAUCCUGCAAUUUCAUCUAUCUCUUCAGGAGCUGUGGAUAUACAUUUUUGUCUCAAUGAUUAAUAUAUUUAAAUUUUUAAAGAAAGUCACCCAUAACCUUUUCUAAGGUGAUGUGAAAGCCAUCAGUGCAAAACCUGGUCUCUCGAUAAACCCUUGCUUAAAAUGAGUAAUUCUAUAAAUUAUCACUCUAAGAAUAGAAUCAUGAUCUACAGUGAGACUGUGUUGUAUUCCACAAGUAUGUCGGAGAGAUAUUUCCAUGGAUAAACAGAGAAUCAAUAUUUACAUUUAGCUCAGCCUAGAGCACUUGAAGCAGUCUAAGCUGUGUGCUUAUAUCUUUUGAAGAAAGACACUUGAAGAAAAGAGAAUAGAAUUAAAGUAGGUAACCUGAGGGUUAAGAAUGCAUUCAAACUUUCCUUGGUUUUCCCACUGAUAAACGAACUCCUGGCAUGAAA